UUCUGUGCUCGCGACCGCCGUCCAGGCAUACGUCACCCUUCCUCUGCGCCCGGUCACAAGCCAUGAAGGCUCGUAUAUCAAGGGCCUGCCGGAUGCUGACCGCGCGCGCGGGGUCCAAUUUCAGGCGCGAGACACGACCGAAUACGCAGGUAUCAUCGCAAAGAGCCUGGGAUAUAUGCAGUACACCGUUGAGGUUGGCGUGGGCAACCCUCCGACGUUUUACAACCUGCUUGUGGACACCGGGAGCGGCAACACCUUUGUAGGCACGGGUAAAAAGUACAAUCGCACAGAAACAAGCAUUCCUCUCGGGUUCAACGUCAGCGUGAAUUCUGGUUCUCACAGCUUCUCGGGAGCGGAGUAUCUUGACCAAGUCAUCAUUGCGCCUGGGGUCUUCCUUAACCAGUCCAUCGGAGUUGCUCUUUCAUGGUCUGGGUUCCCUGAGGGAGUCGACGGGAUCCUUGGUCUAGGCCCUACCGAGCUGACUCGGGGAACAGUUCCAUCCGAUCCAAUCGGAUUGAUUUUUUCGGUUAUGGACACUGCAGUGUACCAGACGAAGAUCACAAACAACAUCCUGGGCAUCUCGUUCGCGCCUUCGACGAACUACACUCAAUACAACGGCGAAAUAGGAUACGGUGAUAUUGACACGGAAUUGUUCAACGGCGACAUCACCUAUACGCCUCUCACCACAACUCUUCCCGCCGCAAAAUACUGGGGAAUCAACAUCAUCAGCUCGACCUACGGAACUACACCCGUGUUCACCGAGUCCUCGGCUGGAAUUGUCGACACCGGUACCACCCAGGUCCUCCUCGCCGACGACUUCUUCGCCAACUACAUCUCCGCCAUCCCCGGUGCGCACAUAGACAACUCGACCGGCCUGCUCGUCAUUCCCUCCUCCUCCGUGGCCGGCAUCGAGCCCCUCGACUUCACGAUCGGCGGAACGAGCCUCACACUGAGUCCCGACGCGCAGCUGAUCCCGCAGAACCGGAGCGCUGCGUGGGGCGGCAAGCCCGGCGUGCAGUACGGCGCUGUGGGCAGCCUCGGCCGAGCGAGUGGCGAGGGACUUGAUUUUGUGCUCGGGCAGAAGUUCUUGGAGAGAUACUACGCGGUGUUCGACAGGCAGAACAGUAGAGUUGGAUUCGCAUUUACCAACAAUACGUUCGCGACGUACAGUACGAACUAAGGUGGCCCUUGAUAUCGGCUCUAUGUACUUGACAAACUGACAUGAUAGUCGUUUAUGAUGUUGUACUCGGACUUUUAUGGUGAAUCAA